CAGCCCUCGCUUUAAUCAAUACUACUGGUAGUAAAAAUACAUUACCAAAAACUACUCAAUUUUAGGGUUCUUACAUACAGUUUUAGAAAGAACAAAAACACAUACAGUUUUGGAAAAACACAUGCGCUAUGGAUCUCUGUGAAAAUUCUCCUAGUUUUUCUAUUCCUGCCUCGGCUUCAUUUCACAGGAAGAGAAAAUUCCACAAACUAAGAAAGUCUGUUAUGGCUGUGCGAGUCGUGCGUUUACUGAAGUCAAUGAGGCGGCUCUGCGUUGAUCCAGCUGCUGCAGGUGUUGAACCGGGACCUGUGAAGAUUUCAAUCGGCCCAAGGAAAGCGCAGGAAAAUUUAAAUCCUUCUGAUCAAUCGUAUGAUUCACGACAUUUAGAAUUGAAGUUUUCAAACAACAUAAAUGGUCCAAUUUUUACUGGAAUCCCCAUAGGUGAAGAGGGCAGUACCUUAAAUCUACAUUUAAUUGACCCUCGUACUCAGAAUAUCAUCAGUUCUGGACCUGAAGCAUCAGCAAGGGUGGAAAUAGUUGUCCUUGAGAAAGAUUUUAGAAGUUGUGGUGGUGACAAAUCGCUGAUACGGGGAGAUCCUUAUGUCACCUUGAAAGAUGGAAGUAUUUCUGUAAGUCAUAUUUCAUUCAAACAUAGCAGAGUGUCUAUGAGAAAACGUGAGUUGAGAUUAGGUGCAAGAGCUGUGUAUCCUUACAAUGGAACAAGAAUUGUGGAAGCAGUCACACAACCAUUCUUUGUGAAGGAUCGUCGUUCUAUGAGCAAGAGCCAGAGGCCCUUAACUCUUGAAGUUGAAGUAUGGAAAAUGCAAACAAUUGGCAAAGGCGGUCCUUUCCAUACCCGUUUGAUGAAGGAGAGCAUUAAGACUGUCAGGGACUUGUUAACUCAAUACUUUUUGAGCCGUGAAAAGCUACUCUGUAUCCUUGGCAGGAGUAUGCACGCCGAGAAAUUGGAUGCAGCAGUUAAUAAGGCAAAGAGUAAACUUGACUUGAAAAGAUACGUGUAUCCUUCUGUCCAUAAUUCCCAGCAAAAUGUGAAAUCAGUGGUAUUUACUGAUGUGGGAGAAGUGAUUGGAGUUUACCAAGAGGGUCACUUGGUGUCAGUUGAGAAUCUCUCUGGAACUCAAAAGGCUUAUGCUAUGGAGCUGGUAAAAACAGCGUUCCAAAAUGGCCAAAACAUCAAGCUUUUGGAUGAUGAUACUUUUAAAAUGCUUUGCUUUUCCAGUUCACCAAAUGACGUUUCUCCACUUGAAGCGGCUUCAAUUAAUGGCACUAAUAGAUUCUAUUUGCAAGAUUAUUGUCCCACUAAUACACAGCAGCAACCAGUGACUAAUGCUUAUGACUUCAAAAACCAAAUCAAUAGCUUACCAACUCUUACCAGUGAAGUGCCAGAUCCGUUUAUGUAUGAAUAUUUAAGCUACCAUCCUCUUUCUGAAAGCAUCUGGGAUUAUUAGAUCAUUGUUUCAUUGGUUAAUCUGUUGUAGCUUCUAAUAUACAAGUCAAAAUAAUGGAGACUUUAAGGAUGGUUUUGUUAGAUGAUAGUUAAGCAGAGAUUAGUAAUACAGAGAUUGUAAUAUCUGAUCAUAAUAUAUAAAUUGUAUUAUAGGAAUUGUUUA